ACGCAGCACGUGCACGGCGCUUCUAGUCCUACGUGCAGCUACUAUGGGGAACGUCGAAGUGAUAACGACAGAGGAUUUCUUUCAGAGCGACACAGCGAACAGUUCGAUAAGUUUUGGAAGUCUAGAGGACAUCGACGUGUCGGCAGACGGCAGUCCGCUCCUGCGCUGCUUUAUCUCCGUUACCUACGCGGUGGUGUGCGCCGCGGGUUUGGUGGGCAACUUGUUUGUGCUCGUGUUUAUCCGGGCGAGACAAGCGCGCAGGAAAUCCGAGACCAAUGUCUUCGUGCUCCAUCUGGCCGUGACGGAUUUCCAGUUCGCGCUCACGCUGCCGUUCUGGGCUGCAGACGCCGCGCUGGACUUCAGCUGGCCGUUUGGCGAUGUCAUGUGCAAGCUCGUGCUUUCGGCCACGGUGAUGAACAUGUACGCGGGUGUAUUCUUUCUCACUGCCAUGAGCGUCGCGCGCUACCGGUGCGUGGCAUCCGCGCUGAAGGAGCGCCGAGGCGCGCGCUCCUCUGUCAAACUCGUAGCUGCCGUGUUGUGGUUGCUGGCCACAGCUGCCACCGCGCCUACGUCCAUUUUCUCCACGGUUAACGAGGUGGCCGGAGAAAAGCUCUGUCUCUUACGCUUUCCAAACGGUCAGCUCUGGUUAGCUGUGUACCACCUGCAGAAAAUCCUGCUCGCCUUUGUGAUACCCAUGGCCACCGUCUCUAUCAGCUACCUGCUGCUGCUGAGGCUCGUGCACCGCCGCAGCUUGAAGCCUAGAUCAAGCGUCACCCGCUCGGUCGCCGUGCUAGUGUUGUCCUUCUUCCUCUGCUGGAUGCCCAAUCACGCCGUGACACUGUGGGGAGUCCUGGUGAAGCUGAACGCCGCGCGCUGGAACAAGGCAUAUUACGCGGUGCACACCUACGUCUUCCCGCUCACCGUGUGUCUGGCUCACGCGAACAGCUGCUUAAACCCGGUUAUUUACUGCCUCAUGCGCAGAGAGUUCAGGCGGAAGCUACGGCACUUUUUCCUCCGUGACUGAACGCGCGCGCUCUCCAUGCGCUACUCGUGUGCGCAAACGUCUGUUUCUGUCUCGUAUCCCACACGUGGUCGUAGCUGUUGUUGCUUUCGGAGACGUAAAAGAAAACAUCAGCAAAUGAGAAAGGAAAACGUGCUUUCCACAAGCUGCGUCAAAAUCGUGAACACGUUCUUUUUUUUGUGCGUAAUGAUGUGUAAAAUGUUUAUUGUUCCGAAAACACACUGAAAGCAAGACAAUCUCUCUCCUAUCGUCUUUGUACAGUUACCAAGCCAUCUGUAUAUAUAUAUGUGUGUGUGUGUGUGUGUGUGUGUGUGUACACAAUUUUUUUUUCAUUUACAAUUGGAAACAAAUAUUGAGUGUAAUAAUAGUAUUUAUUAUAAGUAAAUAUUCAGUACCUUGGGUGCACGGUGGCUCUGUGGUUAGCACUUUCAUCGCACACCAACAGGGUUGGGGGUUUGAUUCCCACCGUGGCCCUGUGUGUGCGGAGUUUGCAUGUUCUCCCCGUGCUGCGGGGGUUUCCUCCGGGUACUCCGGUUUCCUCCCCCAGUCCGAAGACAUACAUGGUAGGCUGACUGGCAUGUCCAAAGUAUCCGUAGUGUGUGAAUAGGGUGUGUGAAUGUGUAUGUGAUUGUGCCCUGCGGUGGAUUGGCACCCUGUCCAGGGUGUACCCCGCCUCGUACACGAUGCUCCCUGGGAUAGGCUCCAUAUUCCCCGCUACCCUGAAGGACAAGCGGUAUAGAAAAUGGAUGGAUGGAUGAAUUUGUGGGUUCCAUGACUUGUGGAGUCCAUGCCAGCUCGAGUGCACACUGUGAUUAAAGCAAAAGGUUUACAUACCAAAUACCAAGAAACUCUGAAAUUCAUUUAAAUAUUUCAAAGAUUCUACUUUGCACUCAGGUUGUGGUCAGUAAUAUAAUUUGUAAUGAAACUUGUUGAUGGAAAGUUGUUGUUCCCUCUAGUGGUCUCAGAAUUUUCGAUUCCAUUGUGUGUAUAUUAUUGCUUAUGCUAAUGAUGAACAAUGUCUGAUGGAACCAAAUGUACCAAAUUUAAUAAUAAUAUGUAGUUUUACUUGUAAUUAGCUUUUAGAGCAAAGCGUUAAAGGUGCACCGCUGGUCAUGAUGGUCUGAUUAAAUACGUUAAAUAUAUAGAAUAUAUAAAUAUAUUUAUACAGAUAAAAGAUACAAAGUAAAGGUACAAAAGAUGCACCUAUAAUGGCACCACCCCAGCAACAAGGACAACUACAGUUUGGUGCCUUUAUUUCUGAGAGUGUCAAAAAGCUAGACCCGGUAACCAUCCCGAAGAACCCCUGAGGAACGUAUUUUGAAAGAGAACCUCAGGGAGAAUGGGAGAACUUGGAAAACUGCCAAGACUGAACAAUGUACUUUCUUGUUGCUAGAACUAACCUAGUCCCUGUAAUGAGCCAUGUCUAAAAAUUUAAUCCGUUUAACAUACAUCAAGCACAUCUGUAUGCAGUGUUUUUCUUUUUGCUAAAUGGUCUGCACUUAUAUGGUGCUCUUUUUUUUUUUUUUUUUUUAACCUCAGUACAAAGUGCUUUACAUUGAUUUUCAUUCAUCCAUUCUCACACACACUCACACAUGGUGGCAGAGCUGCCAUGCAAGGCGCUAGCUUGCCAUCUGGAGCAAUUUGGAACAACUCAGUGUUAUGCCCAAGAACUUCGGCAUGUGGGCUAGGAAUCAAACCUCCAACCCUACGAUUAGUGGACAACCCACUCUACCACCUGAGCCACAGCCGCUGUACCAAUGACGCUUAAAUGACCACUGUGGCAGAAAUACCAAGAAAUCAGAAGAGCCAUUUAAGAGCAGUUCCAUUACUAAUGCCAUUCUUCUAGUCUAGACAUGAACAGUUCUCAAACAAUUCUGUGCUAUUCAAACAGAUAAACCCCAGAUCACUUAUGUGGGGUAUAAAUAGUGGUAGCAUGGACUAUUAUAUAAGUUAGCCUAUUAGUUUUUAUCAGGCUGUACAAUGAUAAUGAGCUGAUAAUAUUAUCAGUGACUAAGCGGAUCAAAUUGCUUUUCAUUUACACCACCAAUGACCAGACGAUUGUGGAUCUAAAUAAUAGAAACCACAGUAACCGUUAACCAUGUUUUGAUUAUAUUCUGCCUUGUUUGCCUGUAGAAUACCUGAAACGGGCAUUUUCAAUCUCCUGUUUAAGGAAAUUAGCAUGUUUCACUGAAUGUCAUUUCACUGUAUGGUUCCAGUGCUGCAAGAAAUUGAUUACGCCAUCUAAUUUAAAACCUGACAUCAGAAAUAAC